UAACGUAAUGCACCUUAACAUCAAUGGUCUGAGCUUCCCUGAACUGUUUUUGGUUUUUUCUUGACAAAAAUUCUUGGGGCGUGGGGGAGUUUUUAUGAGGCUGUGGUCUCUUAGGAAAAAGCACACUGUUCCUUUUCUGCUGGGGCGCGAGGAAAAAGUUGACAGUAUCUAUUUGUGUGGUUCUUGUUCUUUUGUACUCUCUCUCUCUCUCUGCCCUCCCGCCCCCUCGUGUUGAUAAUGGGCACUGCUAAGUGUUCUCGUCUCCUUUUCUCCAUCUAGCUAUAUGUUGAUGUGUGACCGUCUGUAAACGGUGGAAGAUUUGGCUGGGGCGCGUUUUAUGGGUGAUUAGAGUUUUUUUUUUUUUUUUUUAAACUUUUCUUGCUAACUUGGUGAAUUUGAUUGAGGAGGGCUGCUUUAACGGUAAUCUUUGAGGCGUGUUUAUAUGAUCUAGAGGCGUUUCAUAAUCUAGAGAGGAGAGAGAGAGUGCCCUCUUUAGCAGAUGGGUGCUAAUAUUGUUGCGGCUAUGAUGUGGUCUUGAUUCGAAAUGGCGGCGGUGAAAGAAAUUGUUGGGAUUCCGUGGAUCAAAUCCUUGUGCAGUUCUGUAUGUGUUUGUGUAUAUACUGGGAUUCUUUUACUUGUACUGAUAGGUGGAUAGUUAUGGAGGGCUCCCACGAGUCUGGGUGGCAGAGGUCUGAUAGUUCUAGGGGGUUGAAUUCUUCAUCAUUCUUGGACAGGAAUCGCGGAGUUCGCCGUGCAAGCACUGUCAGGUCGUCAGAUAACAAUACAUCCCAUGAUUCUGGCUUGAUAUCUGUAAGAAAAGGGAGGGAAAGAACUCCGGGCCCACAUAUAAACAACCACAGAACUCAGGUUGAGGGCAUUGGGGAAGGUGGCACAGCGGGAAGACUCCUUGUCCAGCCAGUGGAACGCAGAGAUGUUAGCUUGAGACAGUGGUUGGAUAAUCCAGAAAGGAAAGUUGAUGCCCUCGAAUGCAUUCACAUAUUUUCUCAAAUUGUAGAUAUAGUUAACCGCACACAUUCUCAGGGAAUUGUUGUUCACAAUGUUCGUCCCUCGUGCUUCAUCAUGUCCUCAUUCAACCGCGUCUCUUUCAUAGAGUCUGCUUCUUGCUCAGAUUCAGGUUCGGAUUCUCAGGAGCAUGAAUCAAACAGCCAGACGGCUGAGUUUACGGGCUCGGCUUCACGUUUGCCUUGUGAUUCACAUUUGCGCCAGAACUCUGGAACUCAGUUAGAUUCCCAUGGUUCUCGACUCAUAAGGACAACAGUUAAUGCAACUUCACAGAUGAACUCUGAGGCCAGUUGCUUGCAAUCAUGCUCGGGUCAGGCUAUGCAUGCCUCUGAAGCGACUGGCAAUGAUAGAGCAGAAGACAAGCAGCAUUCUUUUCCUAUGAAACAAAUAUUGCUCUUGGAAUCCAAUUGGUACAGCAGUCCGGAAGAGGUUUCCGGUGGUCCUAGCUCUUAUGCAUCCGACAUUUAUCAACUUGGUGUCUUACUCUUUGAGCUAUUUUGCACUUUCGGUUCACUGGAAGAGAAAAUCACAACUAUGGCAAGUUUGAGACAUCGUGUGCUCCCUCCACAGAUGCUUCUUAAGUGGCCUAAACAAGCUUCAUUUUGCUUAUGGUUGCUACAUCCGGAGCCAAGUAGCCGGCCUAAAAUGAGUGAGCUAUUGCAAAGUGAGUUUUUGAAUGAACCAAGAGAUGACAUAGAAGAACGAGAAGCUGCUAUAGAGCUUCGAGAAAAGAUAGAGGAGCAGGAGUUGUUGCUGGAAUUUCUUCUGCUGCUGCAGCAAAGAAAACAGGUUGCCGCAGAUAGCUUGAAGGAGACGGUAUCCGUUAUAUCUUCUGACAUAGAAGAAGUGACAGAGCGGCAGGGAGCUCUCAGGAGAAAAGGAGGCUCAAGCUUGGAUUCGGACAAGAACUCAGCUUCAGCCCCCAAUUCAAUGAACACAAUGGACGAUGAUGAUUCUGGUAGUUCAGGGUCCAGAAAGCGAAUUAGGCAGGGUUUGUAUAUCAAUAAGCCAGAUGAACCUAACGAACAUAGAGAUGAAUAUCAGACGUUAGAGAUGUCUGCUACAAAUCAAGGAAGUGUUCUCUCCAAAAGUUCUCGGCUGAUGAAGAACUUCCGGAAAUUGGAAGCUGCUUAUUUUUUGACAAGACGCGGAGCUGUUAAAUCCACAUGCCGAACAUUGGCCAGACCCUCUCCAAUCAGUAGUGAUGGUAGAGGAUCUAUUGUAGCAACCGAAAGAAGUUCUAUCAGCAACCCAUCAUCAAAAGAGCGGUAUACUGAGCUUAGGCGAGUUGGUUGGGUAGAUACCUUCCUAGAAGGGAUAUGCAAGUAUCUAUCUUUUAGUCAGCUCAAAGUGAAGGCAGACUUAAAGCAGGGAGAUCUUUUAAAUUCAUCCAACCUAGUAUGCUCCCUUAGUUUUGACCGUGAUGGGGAGUUUUUUGCAACUGCCGGCGUAAACAAGAAGAUCAAAGUUUUUGAGUAUAAUUCAAUCUUAAAUGAAGAACGUGAUAUUCAUUAUCCUGUGGUUGAAAUGUCAAGUAGAUCAAAGCUAAGCAGCAUUUGUUGGAAUAGCUACAUUAAAAGCCAAAUUGCUUCGAGUAACUUUGAAGGUGUGGUGCAGGUUUGGGACGUUACGAGAAGUCAAAUUUUCAAGGAAAUGAGAGAACAUGAACGGCGUGUGUGGUCUAUUGACUUUUCAGUGGCAGAUCCAACAAUGCUGGCCAGUGGGAGCGAUGAUGGUUCCGUUAAGCUAUGGAAUAUCAAUCAGGGAGUAAGUGUUGGCACCAUCAAGACAAAGGCCAAUGUCUGCUGUGUUCAGUUCCCCACAGAUUCUGGCCGUUCUCUUGCAUUUGGCUCCGCGGAGAAUAGGAUAUAUUACUAUGAUCUUCGUAACUCAAAAAUGCCUUUAUGUACUCUAGUUGGGCAUAACAGGACAGUGAGCUACGUGAAGUUUAUUGAUUCAACAACUCUUGUGUCGGCAUCAACAGAUAACACAUUAAAGCUAUGGGAUUUGACAAUGAGCACAUCAAGAGUUCUUGAUUCUCCUCUCCAGUCAUUUACAGGCCACCUGAAUGUAAAGAACUUUGUUGGCUUGUCUGUAUCUGAUGGUUACAUUGCAACCGGCUCAGAAACAAAUGAGGUUGUUGUUUACCACAAGGCUUUCCCCAUGCCCGUUCUCUCGUUCAAAUUCAAUAGAACCGGUGAUGAAGUGGACGAGACUGCACAGUUCAUCUCAUCCGUGUGUUGGCGUGGACAGUCUCCCGCCUUAGUUGCUGCAAACUCUGUAGGAAAUAUUAAGCUUUUGGAGAUGGCUUAAUUUGGUGAAGUACUAUCCAGAGUAAUUCACGACCGACUUGUUAUCGCCCCAAACAAAUUUUUGCCUUAGUUUGUAGCGGAGAUAUUUUAAUUUGAAGAAUGAGAUUCAUCUUUUGUACAAGUAUAUUGUAGAUAAAUAUUAGGAGAAAAGCGGAUCCAUCGAGAUUGAGAUGCGUGAAGGUGUUAUACAUUGAUUUUUCUUUGUAUAUGCUGUAAUUUUUACAGUUCUGUGCAUAUUUGGAUUGAUCUGAUGUCUGUUAUACC